GUGACUUGGACGCCGAGGUGCUCGAUGCCCAGCCGGUCGCUCUCGGCUCCUCAGGCUGGGCGGAAACAACAUGAGGUCCUGGGUCCUGCUGCUGCUCCUCACUGCGCUGACAGCGGCCCGGCUGCGGCCCGGCAGCGCUGAGGGAGAUCCGCUGCCCUCGUCGCUGGUCGACCUGGUGAGGAACUCCCCCAUCUCCUCUGUGGACGACCUGAAGCUGCUGCUGCAGCAGGAGACCAACGCUAUAGAAGAGGAAGAAGACGAGCAUGAUAUUCUCACAAACCACACCCACGGCCGGUUCACUAGAAGUCUUGUGGAGGCACAGCAGGCCCAGCAGGCGGCAUGUAAAGUUCGGACGGAGGUGAUGGAGGUGACGAGGUCCAUGCUGGACCGCCGCAACGCUAACUUCCUGCUGUGGCCGCCCUGCGUGGAGGUGCAGCGGUGCUCCGGCUGCUGCAACACCAGGAUGCUGCAGUGCGUCGCCACCGUCUCCUCCACCCGAUACCUGCAGGUGACAAAGAUCCAGUACAUAAACAGGAAGGCCCACUACGAGAAGGCCAUCAUCUCGGUGGAGGACCACGUCAGCUGUAGGUGCCAACCUUCCUCCUCCUCCUCCCAGUCGGUCCCCAUCCAGACCAACCCCAACCCCCUUCCACCUCCACCUCCCCCGCCCGCCCACCUUCCCCCCCCUCCCCGGACCGUCCACCCGCCUCCACCAAAGACUCACGCCUCCAACAAGGCCGACCUCCAUCGCCACGACGACCUGAAGCACAACCAGCAGCGCUUCCGCCCCGAGGAGCGGGACCCGGUGGCGAGGCAGUGGCAGCAGGGCAGCUACACCCAGCUGGUGCACUGGACGCAGCCCCGGGUGCAGCAGCCCAUCGUCGGGGUGCUGGGGUCCGUCGGCAGCUGGCCUUCCGAGGCGAGGGCGGAGCACAGCAUCAUGGGAGGUGCGCCGCAGGUCGGGCACGGGAGCGGGUAUGACGGGAGCCGGGAGGAGAGCGGCGUGCACGUGGCAAACGGCGGCGGCGAGGCGCAUCAUCCGGAUCACAUGCAGAGACAACAACAGCUGCUACACCAUCAGCAAAGACACCACCAUCAUCAGCCGCAUCACCCUAAGCAUCGGCUGGACACUCUGCAAUCCGACGCCGCCUCGCCGUCCGGCAGCCCGACUCACCCGCCCAAACUGGAGGAAAGCCCCGCCCCUCCUACGCCCACCAUUCAGAGAGACUCAGUGACCAGCAGACAAACCACAGAGGUCACGAAACAGACUGAGACUGUAGCAGCCAGUCAGGCAUCGGGAGGCAGCGAGAGGGAGGAGAGCGGCUCGGCCAAUAGCGGAGACUCGGCCGCGGUGGAGCCGACCAAUCAGGAGACGCAAAAAGACUUGAAACUGAGCAGCGGGUUCGGUAAUUUAACGGAGGAGGAGAGGAGACGGAAGGCUCUGGAGAUGAUACAGACGGAGCCGGACCUCCAGACCCAUCUUCAUCCACAUCAUCCUCAGCAGAGACCAAAGCCGACCACCUUUAAAACAGCCCUCUCUACUGCGGCUCCCGUCUCGCCCUCGGCCCGCCGGGCGCCGUUCCGUCCAGCAUCGCCUCGCCGCCGGAGGAAACACCGCAAACGCAUCAGCAAAGCAGCCCUCAGGGCCAUGAUCAUGUAGAGCUGCAGGAAAUGGUGAAGCUAACCAAAAGCGAGACAAAUUGCACCAAAGGAAUAUGGAGAGACAAGAAACGCGGGCUUGUUGAAUGUGGGACGAACGCUGAGGGACCGACAAGAGGUGGCGGACUCAGAGUCACCGUCCGGCUCCAGAGCUGCCGCAGAGCGUCCAGCUUCAUGGAUUACCAUAAAAAGUGCAAUCUCACGAGACUCGUUGGAGGACGUUGUGUCAAACUAAACACUGGAUUUCAUUAAUAUGAACCCAAAAACAGACGGACGCCUGUCAGACUGGUGGUCUCUUGUUGCGGUCAGCAGCCAUUGAUUGGCUGCUUUAACGCUUUUGGUCCACGAGUGGAGAACUGGACUACGACUUGGACUAAGAAGUGAUUAUUGGAGGGUUUAAAAAGUGGAGAACUGGAUUUCUACACUGGGAUGAUAACUGGAAACUGGAGAGUGAAGCUCCGGCCUCAACGCCAAACAUUACUGUAAUUCUCUGAAUCUAACUUUAUUAACACUGGAGUAGCCAUACACUGAUCAUACGUGUACUGUAGCUUCAUGUACUGGAACAUAUCGAUAACCUGCUCGUUUUGUACUACUGCCAGAUCCAAAACAAACCAAAUGCCUGCCUAGAUGUAACGCUAUGAAUAUCCACGUUAAAGCAAGUCUUAAAGACCUGGCGUUUAGAUCGCUGUGAGCCAGUUAUAGCCAACACUGUAUGUUUAAAUGCUUUUAGGAGAUGAUUUCUGGGGGAGGGAUGGGGGGGAGAAAAACUUUAUUUCUUAACUUAUUUAAAAAAAGAGGAGGAUUUGAAGUCCUCCAGUUCUCAAGUGUAAUUAUUGUUGCAGAUUAUAAUUAUUGGUUGUACAACUGUUACUGUCAUGAAUGUU